CUUUGACACAAACCCUAGCACCCAUUUCUCCUCACCAUUUCUCCAAUCUCUCCAAAUCUCUAUCAUCAACUCCUCCGCCAUGGCUUCCCGGAGGCUCCUGGCCUCGUUCCUCCGAUCCGCCGCCGCUCGCCGACCUAGAUCUCCAAUCCCCUCGGCCCCGAGGCCUAGCUCUCGGCCUUCACCCGCCGGCCACUUCCUCCACCGCUUCGCCAGCCACUACGCCACAUCGGCAGCUCCGGCUGCUCCUCCCUCUAAGGCGCCAUCCAAUGACGGCCACACUGGGAAGAUCACUGACGAGUUCACCGGAAAAGGCGCGAUCGGGAAGGUCUGCCAGGUCAUCGGUGCCGUCGUCGAUGUGAGAUUCGACGACGGUUUGCCCCCGAUUCUGACGGCGCUUGAGGUUCUGGAUAACCAGAUCAGGCUUGUGCUUGAGGUGGCUUCUCACUUGGGUGAGAGUGUGGUGAGAUGCAUUGCUAUGGAUGGAACUGAAGGGCUUGUUAGAGGCCAGCGCGUGCUGAACACGGGGUCUCCAAUUACUGUUCCUGUUGGUAGGGCCACUCUAGGUCGCAUCAUUAAUGUCAUUGGAGAGCCCAUUGACCACAAGGGUGAUCUUAAGACUGAGCACUUCUUACCCAUUCACCGUGAAGCUCCAUCCUUUGUGGAGCAAUCUACCGAACAAGAAAUUCUUGUCACUGGUAUCAAGGUUGUCGACCUACUUGCACCUUACCAAAGAGGAGGAAAGAUUGGGCUUUUUGGUGGUGCUGGUGUUGGAAAGACAGUGCUUAUCAUGGAGCUGAUCAACAAUGUUGCCAAAGCUCAUGGUGGUUUCUCUGUCUUCGCUGGUGUGGGAGAACGUACGCGUGAGGGUAAUGACUUGUACCGGGAAAUGAUUGAAAGUGGUGUCAUUAAGCUAGAUGAGAAGCAGGCUGAGAGCAAAUGUGCUCUUGUCUAUGGUCAAAUGAAUGAGCCCCCGGGUGCUCGUGCUCGUGUUGGACUUACUGGAUUGACUGUGGCUGAACAUUUCCGUGAUGCUGAGGGGCAGGAUGUGCUUCUGUUUAUUGAUAACAUUUUCCGUUUCACCCAAGCCAACUCUGAAGUGUCUGCUUUGCUUGGACGUAUUCCUUCUGCUGUCGGUUAUCAGCCUACUUUGGCUACUGAUCUUGGAGGUCUUCAAGAACGUAUUACUACGACCAAGAAGGGUUCUAUUACAUCAGUCCAAGCUAUUUAUGUGCCAGCUGACGAUUUGACAGAUCCUGCUCCUGCAACCACCUUCGCUCACUUGGAUGCCACCACUGUGUUAUCACGAUCGAUUUCUGAGCUUGGUAUUUAUCCUGCUGUCGAUCCUCUGGAUUCAACAUCUCGCAUGCUUUCCCCACACAUAUUGGGAGAGGGACACUACAAUACAGCUCGUGGUGUCCAGAAAGUUUUGCAGAACUACAAGAAUCUUCAAGAUAUUAUUGCCAUUCUCGGAAUGGAUGAGCUCAGUGAAGAUGACAAAUUGACUGUUGCACGUGCUCGUAAGAUCCAACGAUUUUUGAGCCAGCCUUUCCAUGUCGCAGAAGUUUUCACGGGUGCCCCAGGAAAGUAUGUUGAGUUGAAGGAGAGCAUCACCAGUUUCCAGGGAGUCUUGGAUGGUAAGUAUGAUGACCUUUCAGAACAGUCAUUUUACAUGGUUGGAGGAAUCGAGGAGGUGAUUGCCAAGGCUGAGAAGAUUGCCAAGGAGUCUGCUGCUUAGAUAUAGGUCAAACUUUCUCUUUUGAUGACAUCUUGUUCUGCGCUGCUGAUAAUUGCAAAAAUAAUUUAGCUCUUGGCAAUGCAAAUGCCCACAUGAAAGAUUUUUCUAUUUUUGGGGAUAUUACAUUUCUGUUUUUGUUCUAUAUGUGCGGGAAAAUGUUACAAUGGCUCUCUGCCAAGCCCCCUAUCCGAUUGUCUUGUCGUGUGACAUAAUAAGCUGGGGGGACAUCGGCAGACUUGUAUAUUUUUGCUUCAAGUUGUUUCCUGAGAAUCGGAUUCACCCCA